AAUGCUCCCAGCAAUCCUCCCCCCCCCCCCUCCUCGAAUACCCUCACCACCAGUCACCAACUUCAUCACUUCCCUUCCUCCCCCUCCAAGGCCCAAAGAUGGAAAUGGCGCUGUCACAACUGCGGCGCCAAGUACCGUAUUGCCACCACUCGCCGCUGCCUGGCUUGCUCGCAUUACUUCUGCACCACUCUCAUCUCUCCCGUCAUCAAGCCCAACCCCAAUUCUAAGCGCCCGAAGCAGCUUCAAAAGCGACGGGGCAACCGAACCUGUGCCUCCACGUUUGACUAUUCUGGCUGGGCGCGUUACAACUCCUGGCGUCGCCUGGCCUUGUCUUCUCCCUCGUCUUCAACUUCCUGCACAACGGCAAAGCUGGCGGCGGAAUCUCAUGUUACCUUUCAGCCCACCCCGCUGUCUUUUUUCUCCCCUGCCUCGGAUGACGAUGAUGAAGACGGCGCUGAAAUGGAAAAGGUACAGUGGUCCCCCAUCAAGACAUCUAGUCACAGGCAAAGGGUCGUCCUGGCCAAAGAACGCCUGUACGUCAACAAGAAGCACAACUGCUUCCUGCACUGUGACUACCCUUCCGAGUGCCGGCAUAUGAUCUUUGAGGCUUAUGAACAGGGAAGGGUAACGUUGACUCGAGACAACGAAAAUGGUUACAGGUGGGAGGCUGUUGAUCCGGGUCCCGAGCCCGAGAAGCAAGACACCGAUAUGGUAAUGACGUUGUUCUGA